AUGCCCAACAGGAAAUGGGCCAUUUAUCCUCCUCUUGAUCUUCCGUCGAACAACUUCUCUGCCGUAUGGGAGGGAAAGUUCAUUGUUUCCACAAGCGCCAAUGGCUGGAUAGGUCUGGCGAUCGUCUCCACCUCAACCGUCACCCUUACCAUCGACGACAAUAACGCUGUCACUGCUCCAUACACGUCCGCUGUGACGAUCCUAGGCAACAUCGAGCAAUACACAUGGGCUCAGGCUAACAGUAGGAAGCACGCAUGUAAAUGGCAUACCUCCUCCGUGGGCACGAAAUCCUACGAUACCGUGGUUCCGCUUCUCUACGUACACGUGCAUCCGAAUCUAUGGGUGAUCGUUGGGCGAGGAGGAAAGAGGGAUAGAGGGAUGGGAGGAACCGGAGGCACGGAGCUCGUAGUCGCGAUUGAGUGCAUCGGAAGUUGGGAACUACGCGACUUGGAAACACGACGGAAUCGAGGCUAG